GAUAAUUAUCAUUGUAGCAGCAGCUGUAAUACUAUCUGUGGCUAUUGUAGUGUCAAUAACACUGUGUGUUUUCAGAUGUAUUAAUCACACAAAUGACUCACCUACAACAGCAGAUAAUCCCAACUUUCUCUCUCAGACUGAGAUGAGACAAUUACUGUAUCAGACUAACAAUCCUGUUGCAAUAACAAGAAAUGCAGAAGAGAUAUUUAACCGAAAUCUUCAGACAAUAAAAUCUAAAAGUCAGUUUUAUCCAGAGAUGGAACAGACACCCAAUGAGUGGAAAUUCUCAACAACACCCCGGAGACUUCCACCAGUUCCACAUACAUAUGGUGGAGAGAAGAUGAGGUCUUCCUAUGAACAUAUCAACCGUGACUGUGCUAAAGUUAACAGCUACAUGAAUGAUUCUGGAUUCACAAAGAGUAACAGGGAACUUAUUAAAAACAAAGAACAUCUGAAAGAUUAUGAGGAAGUUGAAGGAACAUCAGAAAUCAAUUCCACCACAACUGUUUCUCCAGCACCACAGAAUCUUCAAGAACAAGAACAACAAGCAUAUCUGGAACCAGUCUAACAUGGGGCAAUGUAUGUCAUAUUGUAUGGCAUACAGUGUCCCCCAAGAAAACUUGCUGAACAUUGGUACAACCACAUACAGACAGAAAGCAUUCAUACCCACCAACGCCAUCCAUACCACAUCUCAAUAUCAGUAUUCAUAAUAACUUUAGUUCAUAUAUCUGUUAGUAGUGGGGAGUGGGCCAGGCUGGGAUAACCAAUUACAACAAAAACAAUAGCUACUAACAUUAAGGACAAAAUCCACACCAGAUAAGGUAAAACAAACCCUUAUUGAUAUCAAUAUUAAGUAUUUUGCCAGAAUCUUACAAUCAUAUGAUCUGUUUCACUCACUGGAAUUAUCCAAUCAAACCUGUCCUUAUUUAGGAUGAACAUAAACAAUUCUUGCAUCUCACACACAUAUAUUCAAUGCAUAGCUCUCUCUCUCUCUCUCUCUCUCUCUCUCUAUAUAUAUAUAUAUAUAUAUAUAUAUAUAUAUAUACACAUACAGUUAUGUAUUGGCUGCUAAAACUUCAAUACAACAUUGGAUAAUCCACAUUACACCUACAUGAAACACCAUCAGCCUGCUAGAAAUUGUUGCCAAAAACUUCCCUCAAAUCGCACUCUAUUGUCUUCUUAAAUAAGCUAAGGAUGCAUUGGCUAAUGUAGUCCUGUUCAUAUCCCUAAAAAGAUGUGGUGGUCAUAACUGGAAUGCCUUUGAUUUACUCUCCUGAUGAAUCUCUUUAAAAUUUUCAGAUUAUAUAUUUAUUAUUCUAGAGAUUUUUACCUUUUCAGAUCAAUAAAAUGAAUACCAGUCAAGUACUGGUGUCAACAUAAUCAAGUCGUCCCCUCCCCCAAAAUUUCAGGCCUUGUGCCUAUAAUUCUAGAGAUUUAUCGAUUUUCUGUUGCCCUGAAUUAGUUUGGUGUGAAAGAAGGUUACAACAGUGUUACAUGUGGAAUUCUUCCAUCAAUUUUGGUUGUUUGUAAAUAGCCUUCUCUCUUUUUUAUGAGGAAAAUGUCUGAUAUUAGCCAUAAUUCCACUUUGACACUCUUCAUUUUAGCAGCUUUCUAUGAAAUCAAACCCUUCUUGACACUGAUACACACACAUACACACACGCACAAACACACACACAUAUAUAACCUUUUUUUUUUUUUUUUUUUUUUUAACUACAUUAUUUUUACUGUUGAAUUUUUUUUCAAUCAAUCAAUCAUAUUUGUGGGAAUUGAAAUCUAUGUACUGAUGUCACAUGACUCUAACUGAAUAUUUUGUAAUGUUCGAUAUUGAUAAUAUAACUAGAACAUUCUAAAUCACUUAAACUUUAGCUUACCAAGUGCUAAAUACAAAACUCCUUGUUGAGCCACAUAAAUGAUCACAGCAACACUAAAGAUAAGAGAAAUAUUAAAUUUCUUUAAAAAUCACCAAAAUUUGACAUUAUUAAUAAAACAACAUAUUUUUAUCCUUUUAUUUAAAUUAUCAUGUGUUGAUGUAACUAUGAAUUUUCUUUUAUUAAUUUUGGUUUAAUUAUCCAAUUAUCAAAUGAUUUAUACUUUCAGGACCACUCACCCAAAACUAUUAAUCUUUCACUAUUUGUUGUGGGUCAUUGUUUUCAAUUUUUUUUUUUUUUUCAAAGUGCCAGUGGGUGGUGGGUACAUGCAUCUGUCCCUCUUCCAUGUUGUAUAGACACCUGGGACAGCUACACCCCGGGUUACAUUUGGUGUCUUCAUGCAAAAAAAGUUUUAAUAUCAAAGAAGUAUUUUUGCCAUUGCUUCCCUGAUUCCUCCCAACAUUCACACCAUAUUUAAUCUGAAAUAAGUAACACUGCGACCAAUAAACCAUCAACUGUCGUUCAUUUGCUUUUUUCUUCCAAAACAGACUCCACCUGAAAGAAAAUAUAUCGCUAAGAACAAAAGAACCAAAAAAGGCUACACGCUUUUCAAGUCAUUCAUGUAACUAAAUGCCAUUUGUACAGCAGUAUAAAUAAUUAAUGUGCUAAUUAUUAUUACUAUUAUUAUUAUUAUUAUUAUCAUUAUUAUCAUUAUUAUUAUUAUAUGCAAUCUCUGAAAUAUCCAAGAUGAAACAUUGCCCUUAUAAUAAGCUCCACUGUUGGUUUCCCUAAUCUCAAUCCUUGGCUUGCUUCUAACAUGGAUUCCACACUAGUUCAUAAUUCUUCACUACCCCUUUCAACUGUGAUAUCAAGACAAGCGUUUUAAUUAUUAUCACUUUUUUUUUUUUUCAGUUUAUAUGUAUGUAUGUGCAUCUGUGAGAAAGAGAGUGAAUGGCAGUAUGUAUGUGUGUGUGUGUGAGAGAGGAAGAAGUAGUGUGUGUGUGUGUGUGUAUGUUUUUAUAUGUGUGUCUUUGAUUAAACAAAAAGUAAAAAGCAAAACAAACAAAAAAUUGAGCACAACUUUUAUUUUGUCUUCUCUGCACUUCUGGCUUUUCUUCUCUUUGGUUCAGUUCCACAGCUUCUGAUUAUUGUACAGACACAGACAAACAUCAAGGCUGACAUACAGAACGUAAACACUUAGGUACAUUUAACCAUACACACUGUAUUUCUGUGUGUAUAUAUAAUAUAUAUGCUUAUAGUUGUUUUAUACAUUAUUAUUGUGUAACCAUGUCUUUGCAUGUCUCUAUAGAUGUACAUAUAAUGUGAGUGUAUAUAUAUAUUUUUUUGCAAAUAUGUUUUCUCAUGUAUGUCUUUGUCUAUCUAUCUUUAUAUAUGUAUGUGUAUGUAUUUAAUAACUGUAUAUGGAGUUCUAUGUAUUUAUGUGUUUGAAUGUGUAUAUGUGUGCAUUUAUAAACUUGAGUAUGUUUAAAUACACACAUCAACAACUACACAGAUACAACAUACAAUCUAAUGCGUGUAUAUGCAUGUACUUAUCAACUGAAAUAUCUUCAAAUAAACACUCUACAACCAUAUGUAUACACCCGCUUAAUCUAUAAACACUUGUGUAUUCAUACUUUUCGUUCUUCCCAAUAACAAUGUAAUCCAUGUUGUAUCAAUGAUUUUGUCCGAUUGAAUCCCGAUGUCACUGACAUCAACCAAUCUGAUCAACUUUUGGUCUUUCAGUGUUGCAGUCUUAUCAGUUGCCAACUAAUAAAAUGAUUGCUUUAAUUAAAUACACCUAUCUUUUAUACUAUUCUCGCCUCAUAUACCCCCACCCCGACCCCAACCUACCUACCUACCCUGCAGGAGGACAGUGUUGCCAUAACCUUCGACAAAGAAUCAUUGUAAAUAAAAAUUCUUUUUGAUCCUAUAAUAUUGUCUCAAAUUCAGGUUAUUUUCUCCUGGUCUCUUAGUAUUCCUUGCUUAAUAAUACCAUUUAUAUAUACACAUAUAUAUGUGUAUGUGUAUAUAUAUAUGUAUAUGUGUAUAUAUAUGUAUAUGUGUAUAUAUGUAUGUAUAUGUGUAUAUAUGUAUGUAUAUGUGUAUAUAUAUGUAUAUGUGUAUAUAUGUAUGUAUACAUACAUAUAUGUAUAAUACAGUAUCUGUGUAUAUAUGUGUGUGUGUGUGUGUGUACAUAUAUAUAUAUACACAAACACACAUUUAUAUAGUGUCAUUUAAAAUUUAAAUUGUACAACUUGUUUAUAUAUAUAUAUAUAUGUAUGUACGUAGUGUAUAUACAUUGUCAACUAUAUCAAGGCCUUAGAAAUGCUACAAACUUCUACAGUAAAAUAUAAUCAAUUGUUCUGACCCUUUCCAAAGGCCAGUGGCAAAACCAUUGUCACAGAUGGUCACAAUCAAAAUCUAUACUAGUUGUUUGUGUCAGUUUGAUUCAAAAGCUACAUCACAACCCCAAAAUGUCAAAUCUGUACAGAAUGGAUAUGACACUUCUGUUGGUUGAGAAAAUCUCUAUGGCAGCACUUUGUAAUAACUCCAUCUUGUUCGUUUGGGUUUCAUUGUCUAUUUUAGAUCCUUGACUAGAAUAUGACAAAACAGUUCUAAUUACCAGGACUAUUUAAUUAAACUGAGCCUUCAGCUUUUUCUUUUCUUUUCCAUUUUAACUUAAAUUGCUUUUAAUCUUGGUGAAGUUCACAACAGUAACAGGCAUGCCAUGUUGGGGUCAUAUAUAGGGACCAGUUGAGAUAAAGUCACUAUGUGAAGGAGAUCCAACAAAAACCCAGUACAUGAGACAUUCAUGCUGCUGUCUCUUGUUGAAUUGAGUUUUAUCUUACAAAACUAUUUUUCAAGGCCUCUGAGAUGAACUAAUGAGAUAAUUUCAAAAUAAUCUGUCUGGAGCCAACAACAGUUGGGGCAGUAACCAGCUCACUCUCUGUUAUCAGAGUACCCCAUAAUUUAUCUUCAGGGUACCCCAUAAUUUAUCUAUAUAGUUAUGUUUCUAUUGCUGAAACUAACAAUGUUUCAUUAAAAUUAAAAGAGAACAAACUAUUGUGCCUCAUUCAGUAAAUCUGAUGAAGUUUUUCUCUUAGUUAUUUAAGCUAAAUAGAUAUAUUUGAAGAUCUCAGUAUACAUAACUAGUAAUUGUUUUUUGUUUUUUUUUAACUGAAGUCUAAGAUGAAACAGACAUUUGUCUCAAGUUUAAAGCUUUCGUUGCUGCCAUAUUUGGUCCAUACUCUGUGUAUCCAGAAAUCAAGUAAAGAAAGGCAACCUCAUACUUGCAAGAACCAAAGGUUGAAUAGGGAAAUAUUCCUCAUCAAAUUCAUAAAGUACUUUACCUUUGUCAUAUUCUCUUGCCUUCUUCAUCUUUUUCUACAUUCAAAAACUUAAUCUUGUGAUGUACCCCAGCCUUUCUAUCUACACCAGCCUUCUCUGCUUGAUCAUAUAUAAGUUAGACUGAUAAAUUCUUCAAGACUGCAAUGGUUUUGUUUUUAGAUUGCUUCCAGUUAGCAUCCCAAGUUAGUUUGUCUAUAUUAGUACGGGCUGGAUUAUGUGUUACAAAUGAUAGAAUGUGCCCCAUUUAUAUUUGCAAAAACUUUGUACCUCUACAGGCAUAAUAAAUCUGCUGAAGAGGUCAUCCACAUAUGAGAGGCUGGUUUUUGUUGCUUCAGAACUCUAGAUUGUUGUAUAUACAUAAAUAUAUUUAUUUAUUUAUUAGUGUGAGAUGGAAAGACAGAGCCUAUGGGUCUCAGACCCUUCUAGACUGCAGGAUUCCAUAAUCAAACGUCUGAUUCAGAUGCUUACAAAAGACAAGAUCCUGAAAUCUUGGGUCAGGCGGUGCUUUCUCACCACAUGAUCUUUCUAGCCCAAGAUUUCACCUUUAUGCCAGAUUAUAUAUAUUUAUAUAUAUAUAUAUAUAUAUAUGUGCCACCUCGGUUUAUGUCUGUGACUCACUAUGGAUUAUAUAGACUGAAAAUAUUAGUCAAUUUGUCUCCUCCUUCUUUACAUGUUAGAACAUUGUGUAGAAAUAUUUGUAUUGUUGUUGGUUCCAUAAAAACCAGUGCAAACAAGGAAUUGUUGAAUUUUAUGUGUGUAAACCUGUUUCUACUGUAAUAUUGUUGAUGGAACAUCAUUGUACUUACUGGAUUAUCUUUACAUUUAUUGAAUUCUGCUUGAUUAAAAAUUAUUGAAAAACCAA